CAGUGCAGGACGGGACGGGGAUGCGACCGGGAGUAGGUUGCACAGCUGGGUUUCGGGCAGGGAAUCAAAUGCACCGGCCAUUCGCUUCAGUUUUCUCAACAGUUGACUUAAAGCGCGUUUCUAGAUGUUCCGUCCACUUUUGGGUAAUUUAUUUAAUGACUGGUGUUGAUUUUAUUGUGCACUAAUGGCUUGUAAAGACAACAGGUAUUCCUGAGGCUGGACCUGGACAGAAUUGUACCUACCCGUCAAUAUGUCCAGCUGGAGUGUGAUGGUCUUCAUGCACAGGGCUUAUGGAAUAUAGCCUGCUCUGUCACCAUCUCUACGCGGUCUCCAUCAGUCCUGUAAAGAAGAAACUCGGGCUCCUCUUCAUCAUGCUGCUCCUUUGGGUCUACAUGCUCUACUCCUGCGUGGGCUACUGUGCCACCAUGCCGCCAAGUUUAGUCGUGGACAAUAGUAAUUAUAAUGGAGACACGGAUUUCCUCGGGAAAUACGCUGAGGCGAAAAGUGGCCGAGCGGACCUCGUGAUGUCCAAGCUCUUAACCAGACCGCAGAGCUCUUGGACGGGCUUGGAAUCAGAUUAUGAUAAACCUACUGUCAGGAGGGCUCCCCGAGGCUUCUCUAAAAAUGAAGUGGAUGCGGACAGAGCUGAGGACUGGGACGGCGGGCGAGGAGGAGAGCAGAGAAUCUCUCCGCUGUCAAGUUUCUCCAACGGCUCGGGCAGUAAGAAGCUGCCUCAGGCGAUCAUCAUCGGCGUGAAGAAGGGCGGAACGCGCGCGCUGCUGGAGUUUCUGCGCGUGCAUCCCGAUAUUCGCGCGGUCGGAGCGGAGCCUCACUUCUUCGACCGUAACUAUGACAACGGACUGGACUGGUACAGAGACCUGAUGCCUAAGACCCUGGAGGGUCAGAUCACAAUGGAGAAAACGCCAAGCUACUUUGUGACCCGUGAGGCUCCAGCUCGGAUCUAUGCCAUGUCUCGUGACACCAAGUUGAUCGUGGUGGUCCGGGACCCCGUCACCCGAGCCAUCUCUGAUUAUACACAAACAUUGUCCAAGAAGCCUGACAUUCCCACUUUUGAGAGCCUGACAUUCAAAAACAGGACUACAGGGUUGAUAGACACCUCGUGGAGCGCCGUUCAGAUCGGCAUUUAUGCCAAGCACCUGGACAACUGGCUGCAGUUCUUCCCCAUGGGUCAGAUUCUAUUUGUGAGUGGAGAACGUUUGAUCAGCGACCCGGCCGGAGAACUGGGCCGUGUACAGGACUUCUUAGGGCUCAAGAGGAUCAUCACAGACAAACACUUCUACUUCAACCAGACCAAGGGCUUCCCUUGUCUCAAGAAGGCUGAGGGUAGCAGCAAGCCCCAUUGCCUGGGCAAAACCAAAGGGAGGACCCACCCAAACAUUAACCCUGAGAUAGUGCAGAGACUUAGAGACUUCUACAGACCGUUCAACAUGAAGUUCUACCAGAUGACUGGGCAUAAUUUUGGUUGGGAUUAACUGUGAAUGGAGGACACUUUUUUCUGUGUAUUUGCUAUGGCAAAAAUACAUUGAUAUGAUUGCUAUAUAUAUGUGAAAUGUACAGAAAUCUAUUUUAUAAUAAUUUAUUUUUAAUUUCUAAGCAAUUAAUUCACUAAGCUGCCUAACCAUAUUGUCCAUAACAUCUGGCCCAAUUGUAGUCUCGCCACCAACAUUCCACAUUGAUUUGCCAUGGUUAUUUCUAAACAUGUUGAAUUAUUGGUGCUUCCAAAUUCUUUCAAUUACAAAUACUGAACUCGAAAAUGGUUUGACAAACAAAAAACACAAACACUUUUACGGGUAUAGUGCAUUUACAAACUAAUAGCGACAGACAUUUGCAAUUCUUUCAAUUUUUCAAUACUGAAUGUUUAGAGAAAUGUAUCUUUGUGACAGAGCAUAAUGGACUAUAUUUCACUCUAAAGGUAUUCUCUUGAUAACAUUUCAUGUUUCAUUACACUCCAUAUUGGCCCGAGUCCAACUACGUUCAACUGAUAAGCAAGAGAGUUGAUCCUGUGCCCCCUUUUAUUCAGUAACAUGUGGAUCAAUAGCCCUAAUUGCUACUUAUAGUGUCACUCAUGUUUAGAGUUGACUGCUGGCCUUCACUUGCAGAUUCCUGUAAUGAAUGGGCAUGUCGACAUUAUGCUAAUCGCAUAACUCAUCUGAACAAAUCGAUUAGGUUUCUCGAGCCUCAACGCCCUUUUAGAGGAAGAUAUGGCCAACAAGCUCAGCUACUUCCCUGUCUAAAAGGUUCAAAGUUGUAGUCUUAAUAACUUUUCAAAAAAAGGAACUGGGUUGGCUAAAAGCGACAAAGUUUAGACUUAUUCACACUGCCCCAAAAAAGUAUGCAUUUUGUGCGAACGGUCCUUAAAUCCUCUAAAUCCAAAAGUCAACUUUAGAAUACAGUAUAUGAAAUGUUGGUGUUUGUUGGGCCUUUAUGAAAGUGAUCAUUAGGUUGCCCAAUCUAGCCUCUUUUUUUUUUAACACAAGGAAGUGUUCUGUGCUGAACGGCCCUUUAAUCCUUAAAAUACAACAGCCAACUAUAAAUUUUUAGUUGGUGUUGGUUUUUGUUUUUUUGGGACAGUGUGAAUUAGCCUUUUGUUGGAAAUGGCAUGUGAAACACUCUAGAGAUUGUGGGUAGAUCUCACUCCUACUGUAUCUCUACAAAGAAGAGUAUCAAAAGCUUAACCCUGUGCUUGUGCCAUUACUGACAUAUAUUAGUAAAUACACCCUGACGUGCUUGUUUCCUUUCCAUCAGAUCAAAACACAUCUUUCAUUAAAUCUCAGUUCUCCUAUUCUUGCCAAAUUUGAACAAGCUUACGAGCCUCCAUUAAGAAGCUCAUUGUUAUAUUUUUUACCCCAUGUAGUCUCUUUGUGCUUUUGUUUGAUUUUCUACUUGAAUAUGUAUAAUGCAAGAAGGAGAAACAGUCAGUUGCUCUUAAUCUGUGAUAUUCAUCCCAUGACAUGGCUGAUAUGGUUGCUGUCUCAAAAGCAAGAUAAAUGACCAGGCUUAGUGUAGCUCUGGUUACUGUUCACUCAGAUCACCUGAUUCAGGAUCAGCUCUAAAUAGAUCAGUAUUGGGAUAAGGUGUGAGGCUUUAAAGGGAAAGUUAACCAAAAAUAAAUAAAAUAAAAAUUAUUUAAUAAUUUAUGUUGUUCCAAAAUCACAUGGCUUUCUUCCAUUAAACACAAAAAAAAGAUGUUAGCCAGAUUGUUAGACUCAAUCAUCAUUCACUAAGAAACAUUCUGUCUAGCAUCUCCUUUUGUGUUCCAAAGAGAGAAAGUUGUAUGGGUUUGGAAGCAACAUGAUGUAAAUGAUGUAAGUAAAUUAUGACAGAAUUUAUCGUUUUGAUGUGAACUAUACCGUAAAGGGUGAAAGGAGCCACUAUUUACAGCUUAGCUUUAACAUUGGGCUGAGAGAAACUGAUCCUGGACCAGAGUUCAAAGGGGUAAUGUCACAGAGAGAUUUACAAGAACCAUUACGAAAGUACUGAAGCUUCACUUUCUCUCACCCCUAUUUAAUAUACUGAAAAUGAAAUGCAGAGGGGGGAUUGAUUGUCUGUUUGUAUGGCUUUGGAUGGAAGCAAACAAAGAAAAAAAAACCCAACUAAAACAGAAUAGCGGUCUGAAUCAGCUCAUUAGUUUUUGUUUUGUUUUAGAACAUGCUGUGCCUCAAACCAGUCCUGUGCUAUGCUAAGCCAACUUUCUUUCAUUUGGAGAGGAGAUUAUAAUAUUUAUCAGCUGUGAGGACAGCCAUACUAAUCUUGCUGGCCUUCAAGUCUGAACUAAGUGGGGGGAAAUUUCCCAGGGCAUUUUUCCUUCUUUAUUCAAUUCAUCAAAUGAUCAGAUGUUACAGGGAGGCCAAAAAAACAAACAAACAAAAACAAUUUGAACUUUCUCCUCCAACAGUAAUCAACUCAUAAUUUUUUGUUCUUGCAUUCAAAUUGCAUUUAAGCAAGCAAAUCAGUUGGAUCAUGGCAGUGAAACAGGGUCUAGCAAAUUUUCAACAAAUGCUAGCCCAUAGGGCCUCCUUAGAUUUUACGAGUACAAUAUAACAGAAACAUCUAUUCCAUGAUAACUCAAAGUGGAGCAUUAUUGCUCAGGUAUUUUUUGGGUAAAAUGCGUAACCUUCAACCCCCUCUGAUUAUAUGUGAACUGCAAAUAGAUUCUGAUACAUCAAACUUUGGUCUGUGCAAAGUUUCUAAUUUUUGCUCAAGGUAAGGCAGUGUGUGCUGAUGCAUCUGUCUAAUGGUUGAGUUUUAUUCAACCUCAAAGAGAUAUUCAGAUGUUAUAAAUAUUUGUCUUACUCCAAGUAUAACACAAUAAAUAGACUAGAAAUGAUCUUUAUGUACAAAUGAUGAGGAAUGCAUGUAAACCAAGUAUUCUGUGGUUUCAAAAAUGAUUAAUUUUACACCCUGAAUGAGCUAAAUGGAACAGACGUUUCUAGAUAA